CAUUGCACGUAAACGGACGGCGUUGUUAACGUUCGAAAAAGACACCGCCGCAAUUCAACGCUCGCCUCACACACAAAAGGGGAUUGCGUAAAACGAUUCUAUCGCUUUUUUUGCAGCAGCAAAAGCUAAUGUUUCCGCUUUCCCAAAACGAAUAAAAAUAGUUUAGCAUAAAUGUGUUUUAAUUGAGAUUACAACAAAGUAUCGAAUGAAUGAAAAUAAUUAAUUUAAGUGAUAAUUGAUCAAUCAAUCAAACAAUAACGAAAUUUCGCAACCCUCACUAAUGAAGUAGCAAAGUUCGGAAGAAAAAAAUAUUCAAUAACAAAAUAUCCGCAUUUAAUUAAGGCAAUUGCAGCAGAGUGUUUGCGGAUUUUCGUGAGUGUGCUUUCGCGGGUGUUUGUGUGUCCGUUUAAUUAAGCACAACCGGGGAAACAAACCAAACAAAACAAAUCAUGGUUAAAAUCGAUGAUCCAUGUAGUGUUGUUGAAAGAGUUUCAGAUCCACAUCAGCACCACCAUCAUCAGCAGCAACAGCAGCACAAUCAUCAUCAUCACCAUCACCAGCAACAUCAUUCGCCUCAUCAGCAUCCUCCUCCCAGUCAAACCCAGCUGGGCGGCCAUCAUACGACAACCAACAAUUUACCGCCGUCGCCCCAACAGCAUCACCCCAAUCUACAGCAAUUGCAUCAGCAGGCCCUGAUUGAUACCCACAAUCAAUUGCAGCAAUUCUAUAAAAUGGCCCGAACACCUCACCUCAAGUCCAGCUUUUCCAUCAACUCAAUAUUACCCGAAACGGUGGAGGACAGCAACAACAGUCAUCACAACAAAACGUCGGGCAAUGAUCAUCACUUAAGGCAAUCGUUUACCAAUCUCUGUGAUGAUGUUGAUGGACCAGAUGCCGACUCGGACUUGGAUGUUACCAGCAUGUCACCUCCACCACCCACCGACGGCAGUGAGUUGAGCGUGAACAGCAAUGAAGAGGGUUCAAGGCAUCCUCAUCAUAAUUCGGGUAUUCCCCAUCAUCAUCAUCGCCACAACAAUCACCCCCACCACCAUCCAGAUGAGGAAAGUGAUCUCGAAGAUGGCUUGGACCCAGACGUCGAGGCCGAAGAUCUUGACCUGGACGGCGAUGUUGAUGCCGAUGGCACAGAGGGUGAUGCCACCGAAACGGAAAGCAAAGAAGGCGGCGAGGGUAACGAAAAACCCGUCACCGACAAAAAAGGCAACGAAAAACCCCCCUACAGCUACAAUGCCCUCAUAAUGAUGGCCAUACGCCAAAGUCCCGAGAAGCGACUGACCUUAAACGGCAUUUAUGAAUAUAUUAUGACCAAUUUUCCCUACUAUCGGGACAACAAACAGGGCUGGCAGAAUUCCAUACGCCACAAUCUGAGCCUCAAUAAAUGUUUUGUCAAAGUUCCUCGUCACUACGAUGAUCCAGGCAAGGGUAACUAUUGGAUGCUGGAUCCAUCGGCGGAUGAUGUUUUCAUUGGCGGCUCGACGGGGAAAUUGCGUAGACGCACCACCGCCGCCUCCCGUUCUCGGCUGGCAGCUUUUAAACGUUCCUUAAUCGGUCCCAUGUUCACGGGCCUGGGCUACCCGCAAUUUAAUCAGUUCCUUUAUCCACCCCAGGCGGCUGCCACAGCAGCUCCCAAUCCUGGCCUGUUGGCCAGCAUGUAUGGUCGUUACAAUCCCUUUGUGCCAAAGAAUCCCGCCUUACCACCCUCACCGUUUGCGGCUGCUGCUGCCCGGGUAAGUCCCGCCAUGGCGGCUGCCGCCAAUUACAGCAACAUGGAACGCUUGUUAUCUGCCGCCAUGCCACCACAAACACAUCCUGCGGCCGCAGCAGCAGCGGCGGCUGCCUCAUUACCUGCCUCCGAUCUCUAUCAACGUCUGCAAUAUCAACAGCUAUUGCAACAACAUGCAGCGGCCGCAGCCAUUGCUGCCCAUCAGCGGCAUCAACAGCAGCAACAACAACAGCAGCAGCAACAACAACAUCUGUCAUCUUUGCAUCAUUUGGCAAGUUCACCAGGCGGCCAUCCAGCGUCUGCCGGGCCGCUACAUCAACCGCUGCAAGUCCUCACCCAUUUGGGUCAACCUCCCGUGUCACCCUCCCAUUCAAUAUCACCGACGGUAGGUGCGGCGGCCUCACCGCCCGGUCCAAUUUUAAAACCGGUAACAGUGGUCUCACGAAAUAGCUGAGUUUUUGUAAGUUUGCCUAUUAGUUAUAGGAGGACUAGGCUGUUCAAAAUUAUUUUUAAGUUGUUCUACUCAACGAGGGUUUCUCUGUAAAAAAAAGAGUUGAACUGGCAGUGGGUGCCGGUGCAAAAUGGUUUCGUUUUGUGAUGCA